AUGUCCCACCCCCAAUCAAUCACCCACUUGCAUUCCCUGAACGACCCAGAAUCAUUCUGGUCCCAUCAUGCGGCAAGACUUCACUGGCACCGCAAGCCUUUACGGGCCCUGACUCGGCAGACAAAGUCCCUCGGGGACAUCGAGCACGAGCACUGGUCGUGGUUUGCCGACGGCGAGAUCUCCACAACUUAUAAUUGUGUCGACCGACAUGUGCUCGCAGGCAAUGGCGAUAAUGUUGCAAUUGUAUGGGAAUCACCAGUUACUGGUGUAACGGAAAAGUAUACGUAUGCCCGUCUACUCGAUGAGGUUAAGGUUCUUGCUGGUGUUCUUAGGGAGGAAGGGGUAGAGAAGGGCGAUGUUGUUAUUAUUUACAUGCCAAUGAUUCCCGCGGCCUUAAUAGCCGCCCUGGCAAUAACACGACUAGGUGCAAUUCACGCCGCUGUAUUUGGUGGUUUCGCCCCGCAAGCUUUAGCACAGCGUAUUGAGGCCGCGCGCCCGAGAGCUAUAAUGACAGCGUCAUGUGGAAUAGAGGGGUCCAAAGGACCUAUUUCUUACCGACCGCUUGUUGAGGGCGCCAUCAAGGCAAGCAGCUUCAAGCCGAGCAGGGUCAUUGUCUGGCAGCGUGAGCAACUGCGCUGGAACCAGCCCGAUAAGCGUGGGGGACAGCGUAAUUGGCAGAGACUGGUCAAGAGUGCACGGUUCCGUGGGGUUCAGGCUAGACCUGUUCCUGUUAAGAGUACGGACGCCCUUUAUAUCAUCUAUACAAGUGGAACAACCGGCCUCCCUAAAGGCGUACUCCGCGAAGCAGGCGGGCACGCCGUGGGCCUGGAACUCUCUAUAAAAUCUGUCUUCGGAAUCAAAGGUCCUGGCGAUACCAUGUUCUGCGCAUCAGAUAUAGGCUGGGUUGUCGGACACUCAUACAUCCUUUAUGCGCCGCUGCUAGUCGGCGCCACAACCGUUCUGUUUGAAGGCAAGCCCGUCGGCACGCCGGACGCAGGGACAUUCUGGCGCAUCGUCGAGAAACACAAUGUGAAUGCACUCUUCACGGCACCAACCGCCAUGCGAGCUAUCCGGAAAGAUGACCCAGACAACCAGCUAAUCGGCGAGGUUGGGAAGCGCGGAGGAUUGAAAUCCCUCCGUGCACUGUUCCUCGCUGGUGAGCGUAGCGAGCCCAGUAUUGUUUGCUCAUAUCAAGAUCUACUUGGUAAGUAUGCAGCGGAUGGCGCGCUUGUGAUUGAUAACUGGUGGUCAUCGGAAUCCGGGUCCCCGAUUACAGGUGUUGCAUUGAAUGGGGGUGCUGCUCUGGCUAGUCAGGCACCCGGCCCAGAUCAUCACCCCCUCACACCUCGUCCCGGCUCAGCGGGCUUUCCGAUGCCUGGGUUUGACGUCCGCAUCGUUGACGAUGAAGGCAAUCAAGUUGCGCGCGGCGCAAUGGGUAAUAUCGUUAUGGCGCCACCACUCGCCCCAUCGGCAUUCACAACCCUCUUCGAGGACGAGGAGCGAUUUUACCGUGGAUAUCUCAAGCGAUUUAAUGGACGCUGGGUUGAUACCGGCGACGCGGGGAUGGUUGAUGAGGAUGGUUACGUGCAUGUCAUGUCACGGAGUGACGAUAUCAUCAAUGUUGCCGCACAUCGGUUUAGUACCGGAACCAUUGAGCAAGCAAUCCUCUCGCACCCAUUAAUCAGUGAAGCAAGCCUUGUCGGUAUCCCGGACCCACUGAAAGGUCACCUUCCCUUUGCAUUCAUCCAGCUCAAAGCCGGGGUAGUCCCUGGCGAAAUUGGGCCUCUUCCGGCAACACCGAGCCCGCAGUUAUUUGCCGAGGUUAAUGCGCUGGUCCGCGAGCAGAUCGGCGCUAUCGCGUCGCUAGGUGGGAUUAUACAGGGUCGGGGCAUGAUCCCUAAGACGCGGAGUGGGAAGACGCUUAGGCGUGUUCUAAGAGAGCUUGUUGAGCUUGGAGUGAAGGGCGAUUAUGCGGCGGAGGUCAGUAUUCCGCCCACUGUUGAGGAUGCGGAGGUUGUCUCUGUUGCAAGGGAGAGGGUUAGGGAGUAUUUCGAGGAGAAGGCAAAGGCGAAUGGGGCCGGGAAGACAAAGCUUUAG